GCGCUCCCGCCAUUCCCGGCGCGCCUGCGCCCUGCGGCCCGGCCGGGAUGCGCUCGGUCAGCUACGUGCAGUGCGUGGCGCUGGACUUCGCCGGCAGCCUCUUCCCGCACGCCAUCUGCCUGGGGGACGCCGACAACGACACGCUGAAUGAACUCGUGGUGGGAGACACCAAUGGAAAGCUCUAUGUUUACAAGAAUGAUGAUAGCAAGCCCUGGGCUGUGCGAUCUUGCCAAGGAAUGCUCACAUGUGUCCGUGUGGGAGAUGUGUGCAAUAAAGGAAAGAAUUUUGUGGUGGCGGUGAGUGCAGAAGGCUGGUUUCAUCUUUUCGACCUGACUUCCCUGAAUUCAAAACACCCAGAUGCUUCAGGCCACCAUGAGUUGGCAGGGGCAGAAGAGCAGAAGCCAGUGUUCAAGCAGCACAUUCCUGCCAACACCAAGGUCAUGCUCAUCAAUGACAUUGAUGGAGAUGGGAAGUGUGAGUUGGUUGUGGGUUACACUGACAGGGUGGUCCGUGCCUUUCGCUGGGAGGACUCGUCAGAGAAUUCAGACCAUGUCUCUGGGCAGUUGAUCCUGUUGAAGAAAUGGCUUCUAGAAGGUCAGGUGGACAGCCUGUCUGUGAACCCAGGCCCUGAUGGCUCACCAGAGCUGAUGGUGUCACAGCCAGGCUGUGGCUAUGCCAUCCUGCUGUGCACCUGGGACACGGAGCAGCGGGACGCAGCUGUGGGAAGGGAUGGAUCUGCUGCAAGCAGUGAGGCCCCUGUUCGAGAUGUGAUUCUACACCAGACAUCUGGACGGAUUCACAACAAGAACGUCUCCACUCAUCUGAUUGGUAGCAUUGCCAGAGGCUCCAGUGAGAAUAGUGGCUCAGGUCUCUUCGCCCUCUGUACUUUGGAUGGAACACUGAAACUGAUGGAGGGAGCAGACAAGCUGCUCUGGUCUGUUCAGGUUGAUCACCAGCUCUUUGCUCUGGAAAAGCUGGAUGUUACUGGCAAUGGGCACGAGGAGGUGAUUGCUUGUGCGUGGGAUGGUCAGACGUACAUCAUCGACCACAACCGGACUGUGGCCAGAUUCCAAGCAGAUGAGAAUGUCAGUGCCUUCUGUGCAGGCCUGUAUGCAUGCAAAGAGGGGAGCAACAGUCCCUGCCUUGUUUAUGUCAGCUUCAGCCAGAAGAUCUACAUCUACUGGGAUGUGCAGCUGGAGAGAAUGGAGUCCACCAACCUGUUGAAAAUCCUGGAUUCUGAUCCAGAGUUUGGAAGUCUGCUGCAGCAGCUGGGUAUAGAUAGAAGCGAUGUUUCUGCUGUCAAAAACCUGAUUCACAAAACACUCUAUUUUCCUGAGAAAUACCAUCUCAGCAGCCCCUCGGAGGAUCCUGCUGGAACAGAUUCUUCUGCCCACUGCAGUGGCAUCCAGGAUCCCUCAUAACAAGAAAGCUGACAUCUUUAAUGCCAGCACAAGCUCUUCUGCAGCUGGAAUUGGGCAUCUGAUGAGGAUGACUAUUCUUUCCCUGUCUUGUCAAAACUUCCAAACAGGAAAGGGUCUACAGACUGUGAAGGGUUGUUCUUUGCUAUAGGCUUGCCUGUAUGUGAUGGUUUGGUCUGCCUUUAGCUGAGGCAGCUAUAAGAACAGAAAGGGCCAAGGAUCCUGCACAUAGGC